UCUGGUAGAUCUGUGUAUCUUCAUAACAACAAACUUUCAGAUGCUGGGUUACCUGAUAAUAUGUUCAAUGGCUCUGAUAACGUGGAAAUACUCAUCAUGUCCAGCAAUUUCCUGAAAUACGUUCCAAAGAAUCUCCCUCCAGCACUCUAUAAGUUACACUUAAAGAACAACAAGCUAGAGAAGAUUCCCAAAGGAGCCUUCAGUGCUCUUGCAGGUCUGCGGGAGCUCUAUCUACAGAAUAACUACUUGACUAAUGAAGGAAUGGACAAUGAGACUUUCUGGAAACUAUCUAGUCUUGAAUAUCUGGAUUUGUCCAGCAAUAACCUCUCGCAAAUCCCAAGUGGUUUACCUCGAAACAUCGUCCUCCUCCACCUGGAGAAGAAUGCAAUUAAGAUGAUUGGCAGAGACGUCUUGACCCAAAUUAAGAACCUUGAGUACCUUCUGCUCCACAAUAACAAGUUAAAAGCCAGAGGGAUUCACCCCUUAGCCUUCCAGGGCUUAAAGAAGCUGCACACUGUGCACCUGUACAACAACAUGCUGGAAAGAAUUCCCAGUGGGCUGCCCCGGCGAGUGAAAACACUUAUGAUCCUCCAUAACCAGAUCUCCGAGAUUAGCAGGAAAGACUUUGCUACCACUUACUUCCUUGAAGAGCUGAACCUGAGCUACAACAAGCUCAAAAGUCCCCAGAUCCAUCGGGAAGCCUUCCGUAAACUGAGGCAACUAAAAUCCUUGGAUCUUUCUGGGAACAAUCUCAACACAGUGCCCUUCGGCUUUCCCAAGAACCUGCAGGUCCUGAAGCUGAAGGAGAACGAGAUAAGCACCAUCCCCAAAGGGACUUUGUCUGGGAUGACAAAGCUGCGGGAACUCUAUCUGAGCAACAAUAAACUGAAAGUUAAUUCCAUUUAUUCAAGAGCAUGGAGAGAGCUCAGCAGUCUCCAG